UCAUCGUCUCCAAUCCAGAGAGCCGUACCAAUCCCCAUCGCCCCAGACCACAGCGCGACAGUGAGUACAGCAGCAGCAGCUGAGAGCGUGAGAGCGUGCGAAGCAGGAGGGAGGACAAGAAGAAGCCGAUGGCGGUUGUGAGCGGCAGCGGCGGGAGGCUGAACCCCUGGGCGGAGCCCUUCGUGCCUUCCGGGGCGCGGUACCGCGGCCUGCGGACCGUGGAGGCGACGCCGGAGCAGGAGGUGGAGGACUUCUCCCCCGAGUGGUGGCGCCUGGUGUCCGCCUCCCCGGCCUUCCGCGACCGCUGGCUGCGCGAGUACGGCGCGCUCGGCCUACUCGACGCCGAGGACGACCUGGACGACGACGUCGACAGCUUCCUCCCCGACGACUUCUUCUCGCCUCCGGCCCCGCGCUACGAGAGCGAGCGGGAGGACGCCGCGGGCAGGAGGGCGGGCCGAGGGCUUGAGGUGGCGGCGUGGGGCAUCGACAGGUGGUGGAGGGCGCACGGUGGGCCGCCGGAGACCCCGAGGUACGCGGAGAAGGCGCCGCGGAGGGUGGCCGCCGCCGCCAGGGUGAGCCCCCGCCCCAUCCAGCAGCCGCGCUGAAGGACCAGAUCCGUUCAUCCACCGACGGCGACGGCUGCUCAGUCAGUGUCACAUCUUGGCACGGGGGGAAAAAUAGGCACGAAAAAAAAAGAGUUCCCUUUCUUGAAUCGAUGCAGUUUGCUUUGGUGUUCGUCUCGCGCAGUUUCUGGAUCUGGGCUCCGCUUCAGCUCGAGAUCGACUGGGAUGGGAAGAUCCUCUGCUGCGUUGUCUUGUCUGUGCUCAUCCGUGUGUACUGUGUAAAUAUGAAGAUGUAAUAACAAAAACACGCAUUUUAGCUUUC